GCACUGUUCACAUAUCAACUGUCUGUAACUAUAGCAAAAUUCAUAUCCUGUGAAAUCAUAAGCACUGCUCUGGGAAAGGGACAUGCAGUCUCAGAGGCUAGAGAGCAGAGCAGCAAGGUCGAUCGUUCUGGUGGGAACAGCCAGUGGGUGGUUCCGGCUGAGAGCUCCCCAGAAGUGGGCUGACCAACCAGCCACCAGACACAGGACGGGGCUGUGAGAACAGGAGCAGCACCAUCACCAUCAUGCUGUUACAGCCCCAAACCACGGGGGAUUUUGACACCUUCACUCCAAAGGGCACAGUUACCCCCAAAAGAGAGAAACCUGGACACACUUAUCAAAAAGACAAUGACCUGCUGGAUGGUCUGCCAAAAGAAGUCACAGUUCUUGGGACUAUCCAGAUCCUGUGUUGCCUGAUGAUUUCUAGCUUGGGGGUCAUUUUGGUUUCUGCUCACUACUCCUCCCACUUCAAUCUAGCAGUUUCCAACAUUUUGAUGUCUGGGUACCCAUUUGUAGGAGCUCUCUGUUUUGCCAUUUCCGGAUGUCUCUCAAUUAUCUCCAGAGAAAAAUCAACUAAGCUAUGUGAGGAGAUUAUUUCCAUCCAAAGACUCAUCCUUGGUAAUUGGACGCCCAAGGAAAGAAAAAAUCAGUUCAGAGCAAAGUGGAGGAGAAUGAUGACCCUGAGCAGCCUGAUCUCAAAUGCAGUGAGCUCCCUUACUGCUGGGGCAGGCCUAUUCCUCCUCGCUGAUGGCAUGGUAGCCGUGGGGACUGCCUUUCAACAUUGUGACUCGGAAAAGGACUAUCUAUCUUCAUCGCCUUAUUCGGAGUACUAUUAUCCAAUGUAUGAAGUCGAGGAUUGCCGCUUGAGCAUUGCCACUGUAACAGGUGUUCUGGUGGUGAUGCUCACGUUCACCGUGCUGGAGCUCUUACUAGCUGCAUACACUUCUGUCUUUUGGUGGAAACGGUUCUACGCCAACAACCCUGGGAGUGAAUUUUCUUUGCCUUAGUCAUGAGAUCAUAUCCAGCAUGUCAGAAAGAGUUCUUCAAAGUCAUAGAAAUGAGCAACUCUUGGCCUCGGAGGAACAAGGAAGAAAAACCCAGCACCCAUGGCAAAGUGUGGUUAGACUUUUCUGAACUCUCAGACUUUUCAGAUACUGUGCAAUAAACUUAAAAAGGAAAAAAGCGUGUUUGUUUUGUACUUGUUCAGCAUAAGUCAUUUAAUUUCUCUGGGAAAUAAUUUCUCAGAAGCCCACAUCAAUAAAAUUUUAUUAGCCAGUCUUCCAAAAUGGUCAUAAAUUCUAUAAACUUCUCCAGGUAAAGUGAGACUAAAUUUUGAACUAAAUAUUGCUGCAAUUAUAUAUUAUGGUCAAGUUGA